UCGAACCCGCGUCCCCCGUCCCCGCCUCUGGAGGCGCGCACGCGCGGGCGGAAGCAUCGCGGGGUCGAUGGCGGCGCUGGCCCGGGCCGCGAGCUGCCAGACUGGAGUAACCCAAUGGAUAGCAGCAUGCAGUGGAUUAUUACAGACAACUGCACUCCAAGGCCAGUGUAGGUGGAUGCUCCAUGGUAUUUUCCAGAGGCACGAGGCUGGCCAGUCCCAACUGUCUCAAUCCUGCACUGGGCUGAUCAAAGCCAAUGGAGCCGUUACACAGCAAUGCAGAUGGUUUCACAAUGCAACUAAGCAUUUUUCUGCAAAAGAUUCCUUGCAGCCGCCUGAGGAGAAAGUGGGUACCUUCACAAGAAUAAUAGAAUCGCUGGGUUUCACAGGACCACUGAAGUACAGCCGAUGGAAAAUCAAGGUUGCAGCUUUGCGCAUGUACACGUGCUGUGUGGAGAAAACUGACUAUGAGGAGUUUUUUAACAGGUGCCAAAUGCCUGAUACUUUGAAUUCCUGGUUUCUAGUAGCCCAGCUGCACGUCUGGAUGUGCCUAGUACGAAUGAAGCAGGAGGGACGCACUGGAAAAUACAUGUGUCGCUAUAUUGUUCACUGCAUGUGGGAGGAUGUUGAACAGCGUGGUAAGGUCAUGGGGAUAAAUUCUGUUGUCCUAAAGGAAGAUAUGAGAAGUAUGGUAGAAAACUUCUAUGCAGCUCUGUUUGGAUAUGAUGAGGGAAUCUUGUCUGAUGAUCAUGUUCUGGCAGCAGCUCUUUGGAGAAACCUUUUUAACAGGAACUGUGAGGACCCUCGGCAUCUGGAGUUACUGGUAGAGUACGUGCGCAAACAGAUGCAGCACUUGGACGCACUGAGCGGGGAGGAUCUGCUGCUGACAGGCGAGGUGAGCUGGCGGCCACUCGUGGAGAGCAACGCCCGCAGCAUCCUCAAACCCCCUUCCCCUGUUUACAAUGACGAAGGACUCUGAGAGCAUCAGUGUUUCUAUCUGUGUGUCAGAUCGGCUCGGGAAGCAUGCCUGGAAUUGAACUGGGCUGAGGCUGUGGGGUCAGGAUGGAAAGUCUGCUGUUGAAAAGAAAUUAUUUAAUUAGAUACGCUAUCCGUGGUGACUCGGUAGCAAAUUGGACUCUUCUGAAUAUUCACCUGCAAAUAAAUGCUAGUUGGUUUGAGAACCUCUAUCCUUUCUAUGGCACUGAGUGGUCCUUGCUGACAAAUGGAAAGACCUGCCUUCUGUCUGUAGGAGACCAGGCAUUUCACCGUGGCUUAGAGUUCUCUCCAGAAGGUGUUUCUGUCCUUUGCCUUGUUUGGUGAGCUGCUACACAGAGACACAGCGGUGUUCCUCUGCUCUCGAAUGGCUGUGGAUGCAAAUCUGAGCUCUGCAGAUUAGAUGCUGAUGUAUUUUAAAAGCCUGAUAUCAAGAUGGAACGGUCCAUUUUUGCUUUAGUGGCAUUAAGAAUUGCUUUAACAGAUUCUGAAGGGUUUUCUGUGAAAAUCCUUUUUAGGAACUCUCUGCUCUGUUGCAUAAGGGUCGGAGGAUGCAAUGGAUACUGCACAGUCCCUAGGAAUCCUCUGUGAAUCCAAGAAUCUCACCUUAAUGAGAAGAAAGGCCAAACCGUGGCUAGGCUGUCACUCAAAGCUGCCUGAGAGUACUUGGGUUUUCAGUCUGCCUUGCUGAUAUUUCCAUAUUCUUUUCAGAGUUGUGGUCUAAGAAUUUCUCCAUGAAAAGAACAUCUCUGUUUCUGUCCGUGGCUCUUAAUGUGACAGGACCGUGCUAUCCAUCAUCCCACAAAGCAGUGGUUUGGGCCUUUUGAACAAGAGCUGUCAACCCCAGCCCUAACUUUCUGCGGCUGGGCAGGCAAAUUACGCCAACACAGUAGUUAUGGGAGCAAGAACUCCGUGGAUUAAAUCAGCCGAGGCUGAGGUGUGCUGCGUGGGUGGAUGGAUUGUGUGUGUACUGAGGCUGGAGGUGCGCGGAUCGCCAGUCUGUUUCCGGAUCAGGCACAAAACCAGUUUUCAUUUCUCUCCUGUCGCAAAUCCUGGUCAAUAAUAAAUGUCAGUUUGGGUAAAACUGAUGUGUGUGUGUGUAUGUGUGUGUUCUCUGCGUUUCUGAUAAGAUUAAGCCCUGUAAUAUCAGGACUUAGUCCUAAUAAAACUAUUAAACAAAAAUCGAAGGUGAUAAUCCUUAAUUUAUUAAAUUAAUCCUCAAUUUGUAAAUCGUUAAUCCGGUGAAAGUGUGACCGUGCCUGGCUGUGCCUGUUUUUCCUCCCGAAGCUGCUUGCUUCAUAUCUGACAUCCCUUCUCCACGUAAGGAGCAGUGGGAUGCAGAGCGUCGGUUCCUAAACACUGGCUUGCAGGGUGUUUUUUUUCACUCAGAGGGAGCUUUCUGUGGAUAAAAAAGGCAUUCUGUUAUUUUUUUUCCAAGGCGAACUUCCUCAGUUUAACUUGUUAUAAAAUGAGUCAUGUAAAGAAACCCUCUCUGUGUGAGGUGUAUCCCUUCUCUGUGAAAACAUUACAGACCAAACAACUUGCUUGCAGUUUAUUUAAGAUGCUUUUGUUGAAAGCUGAGCUAAGCAGAGAAACCUCUUAUGUGUGAAGUAUUAUACAGUGUGUGUGAGAUAAUAACACCUUGUAAUUCAUUACAGCUGGGCUGUAUUUACAUAAAAGAAGGCUGAG